AUGCCUGGUGAUUGGGCAAAUGUAGUCUGGUCUGACGAGAAGAAGUUUAAUCUCGACGGACCAGACGGCUUCGCGUUUCAUUGGCAUGACUUACGAAAGGAUAGAAAGGGGUUUUCAACGCAGCAGCAAGGGGGUGAUUGGGUGAUGGUUUGGGGUGCGUUUGCUGGGAAAAAGAAGUGUGACUUGGUCGUUUUAGAAGGGAAGCAGAAUGCGCUCAAGUAUAUUCAGACUCUCGAGACUAAUCUCCUUCCUUUUGUUGAUCAAGAGCUCGGUUCUAGCUGGACGUUUAUGCAAGAUGGUGCAGCUGUACACCGUGCUAAUUGCGUUUACGAAUGGUUUGAAGAGGAGGAAGUGCACGUUAUGGACUGGCCUGCCAAGUCCCCUGACCUCAACCCUAUAGAAAAUCUUUGGGAGAUCUUGGCAAGGAAAGUGUACGCACAUGAAAGGCAGUUUAAUAAUAUCGAUGAGCUACUCGAAUGUAUAAUGGACUGCUGGGAAAAUAUCAACACUGAGACGUUGGAUAAGUUAUUAGGGAGCAUGCAGAAACGUUGCUUUUACUGUGCGAUGGCCAAGGGUGGCCCUACGAAGUACUGA